AUGGUUUUGCGAGAAGGCUUUCAGCGACUGCAGAGGUUGCUACUGGGGAGUGGUCGGUUUGUGGGCAACAGUGCCACGGCAUCAGGUGUUUCUGCCACUAGUACUAGUAGACAAGCGGGUCGACAGAUCAGGACCCACAUUCCUCGAUAUCAUCCUGCAGCGAUUCGACCGACUGGUUUUCUGGAUGUGGCUCGAUUUGGUUUGAUCAGUAUUGCCACUCUUCCCUUUUCACUGUGGGUCGCACUCUUUUCCUACAAUUACGUCUAUCGAAUUCCACUCUGUCAAGAGGCGCUAGCCAAAGAAGACCAGGAAAUUUCGUUCAUUCGAGGAGACCGCUAUGCCGAACCACAAGAUCAGGAGACGGAUGGUACGAGCAAUAGCAGUGCUAGCAGUACUAGCAAUAGCAGUAGUCCCAUGAUUGGCCGGGAACGCCAAUUGAAUGAAGUCACGACCCUGCUGUCAUCGGCCCCGCAUCAAAUCAUUGUGGUGGCCGGUGCCAAUGAAUCGGGCAAAUCACGCUUUGUCUCGGAAAUUGUCAAGAGUGUACCACUGCAACGAGGCAUUACGUAUCUGCAAUUGGCUCAAGUCGCCGAUUCCCUGUCCACAUUGACCCACGCAUUGGUGAGAGCCUUUGACUUGCGAUGGCUGUCCAUGCGACACAGUUUGGUCGAUGUCUUGCCGUUUGCCGGAUCCGAAAUUAUGGUCAUGAAGGAACGAUUCAGCGAUCGCGAUUUGGCACAAGCCUUGUUGGUCAUUACAGAAGCCCUCAAAGCCAAAGCGGCUUCUAGCAACCAGCAGCGACCCGUGAUUCUCAUUGAUGGAUUGGGCGAAGGCAGUGCGUGGAUUCGAUCUACUGAAGGACGCAAUUGUCUCCAACGACUGCUCAAAUGGUGCAUUUACAUUACCAAAGAACGACGAUUGGCCCAUGUCGUUCUGACGGGCAGUGAGGAGCUGGUCAUCUCGCUCACUGGCGAGAAUCGCAUUACCCGAGGACACGUCAAGGUCAUUGGAUUGGCCGAUUUGACCCAUGAUCAAGCGGCCGCUUUGGUGCGACAGGAAAUUCCAUACGCUACCGAGUCGGAUAUUCGUAAGAUUGUCGACAUGUUUGGAGGAUUCAUUCAUGAUGUGCAGGGCGUCAGUCGCGAAAUACAAGCGCGGUUGAAUCAAGUCGAUUACAACGACAAUAGCAAUGAUAGUCAUGUUCGCGACAAGCUCCUGGAUGAUGUCAUUUCGGCACGCUUUCGAUUGCAAGUCGAACGCGUCACGGCCGCAUUUGCCAAGGGACGACAAGAAGAUGAUCACACGGAUAUGGAGGGUAACAACAACCAGAAAAAAGACGACGAGGAUGAAAUGGAUCCCUAUUUGGAUCCUCUCAAAGCGGUCUACUCGGAAGCCACGGCCGCCGAGAAGAAUGACGACAACAAUACUAAUGAGGAGGAGCAAACGGCGAGUUGGUCGCAACUCCAACUCUGGCAGACACUCCAACGACUCGUCGAAUCCAAUCAACCCAAUAUGGGCGUGCCGUUUGCCGAUUUGAGAGAUGAUGUCUUUGGGGGAGACAUUACUCCGUUGCUCGAACUCAUGAAUGAGGACGUAUUGGGAUUUGACGUUGAGAGCAGUAGUUCGUCGGGAAGCUGGUCCUGGGAGAUCAAACCCGCCACGCCGGCAUUGGGGCGGGUCUUUCAUCAUUUGGUCAACAGUUCCCAUCUCAAGGAGCGAUUUCAACGGGAAGAAGAUGUGCAACAAAGUUGCGAGCAAAAGGCCGCUAUGGAACGAGAACGCCGACGACUGCGGCGGGAACGACAAUGGUUGGAUCUACGAAAAGCGUCGCUGCGGAAAACUGUAGAGUUGGGGACGGAACUGCGAGUCCGACGCAACAAGGACACGCAGCGUAAAUUGGAAAAGGUCUACUGCAAUAUUGUGGAGGAGGAAGUCGCGAAUGAGGAACGGGGCGCGGAACUGAGAAAGGAGCUAGAGGCCAUCAUGCUCAAGGCGGCGGCAUUGGAAGAAGCCAAGGAGGAAGACGCCCACAAACGACACCAUGGGGAAAAGGCCAGUGGUGGCGACGAAAGCAAGUCGGCGUCGACAAUAUCCAGCAAGUCACCCCAUGACGUUCAAAAGUUGCUCAAAGCUGCUAUUUUGCACAAUUAUGUUCAAGAAGGCAGCAAGGACAAGUUUGCGCGAUUCCGGAAUGCCUUUGAAGCAAUGAAUAGUAAUAGUACUGAUGGAAUUGCCGCGGAAGAUGUGGUCCGGUUGAUCAAGGUUACCAGUGGUGAAGAUGUGGACUUGGAGGCGGCCAAGUCAUUUAUCCGUGCAUGGGAUUUGAACAACGAUACUAGCCUGGACUAUGACGAAUUUGUGAGAAUGCUACUGACGGACCCCAAGAAUAGCAAGAUGAUGCAGCGGAAUGCAACUGCCAAGACAUGA